ACAUCUACCAGAUCAAGGUUUUCUUUACUCUCUCUCUCUCUCUCUCUUCUCUCUCUCUCUCUCUCAGACACACAAACACUGACACAUUUUCCCUCAUUCCUUGCAGAAGAAUGGGCUCUCUUCUCUCUCUUUGUUUUGUCUUCAUCUUGUCUCUCUACACCAUGUCUACUUCUGCAGCUAUUCCUCCAUUUCUUGAUGGACUUCUUGCAAAUGGUGACUUUGAGGAAGAGCCCAAGGCAUCCAACCUCAACAAGACAGUGAUCAAAGGGAAGCACUCCUUACCCAAGUGGGAGAUCAAGGGCCUGGUCGAAUACGUGUCGAGCGGGCCCCAGCCAGGCGGCUUCUUCCUCAUCAUACCGCGUGGCGUCCACGCGGUGAGGCUGGGAAACGACGCUUCCAUCUCCCAAAACGCUAUCGUCACUCCGGGCGAGACCUACUCCCUCACCUUUGGUGCUACCAGGACUUGUGCCCAGGAUGAGGUGCUCAGGGUCUCUGCCUCCGGGCACUCUUCUGAUCUCCCCAUCCAGACCCUCUACAGCAGCAAUGGUGGGGACACUUAUGGGUGGGCUUUUAAGGCAACUUCCAAGGUUGUCAAGAUCACAUUCCAUAACCCUGGGGUCCAAGAGGACCCCACUUGUGGGCCACUCUUGGAUGCCAUUGCAAUCAAGCAGAUGAUCCCUCUCAAGUAUGCCAAAGGUGACCUGGUGAAAAAUGGUGGUUUUGAAAAUGGUCCUCAUAUGUUCAAGAACUUCUCAACAGGGGUCCUCCUCCUCCCCAAAAACCGAGACCUCGUCUCACCACUCCCAAGGUGGAUAAUUGAGUCCCUAAAACCAGUCAAGUACAUCGACUCAACCCACUUCUCGGUCCCCUCUGGACUAGCCGCAAUCGAACUGGUCGGAGGGAGAGAAAGCGCGAUCGCCCAAGUCAUUAGGACAAUUCCCAACAGAUUCUACAGCCUCAGUUUCACCAUCGGAGAUGCCAAGAACGGUUGCCACGGAUCGAUGACAGUCGAGGCGUUCGCCGCCAAGGAAACGCUCAAAGUUCCCUACGUGUCUCGGGGAAAGGGUGGGUUCAAGAAUGGAAGCCUCAAGUUCCAAGCAGUUUCAGCCAGAACAAGGCUCACAUUCUACAGUGCAUUUUACCAUACUAAAUUGCAUGACUAUGGUCACCUCUGUGGCCCUGUCUUGGAUAACGUUCGAGUUGUUCCAGUUAAUUAAUUAGUCAUUUAAGUGCCUUUUUUCAGAUGAACUGCUGAAAGGGUUAUGGGUAAUUUGAGCAGAAGUUAUGCAGUACUAAUACUGUAAUACUAUAGAAUACAUAGAUGAAGAGCUCUGUAAUAGUUUUGUGUGCAACAACAAUGCCGGUAGCCAUGGAGAUGGCAAAGUCCUCUUAUCAGCUCGCGGAUGUUAUCAUUUGGUAGGCGAGUCACUUUUGCGGUUAUCAUGCGUAUUCUGAUCAAGAUAGUCCAGGGUUAUUUUGUCUGAGAUUUCAUUGUUUGUUUUCGGCAAUUUGUUCCCCUGUUCA